AUGGCACCGUCUUUUGUCCACUUGCCAGAUGGCCAGAGUUUCACAGUUCAGCCUGUGUUUGCCGGUCUAUUCUUCAAGUCCAAUGAACACAAUCACCACCGCGGCGCGUUUCCUGUGGGUUGGACCGUCGUUAUACAUAGUGAAGAUAAUCCUGAAAAUCAUCUUCACGAUUUUAUCAUAAAUGAUAAAAUCGAUACCAAUGAGCCCCGCUCCAGGCGUAGCCAUAUUCUCAAAUACGGCGAGCCGACCUUGCAAAAUGACACCAUAUUCAUCUCAUCCAUCUCGGAUCCCCCAAGCAGCGAAUAUAGGCCUCAUGCCAGCCAGUCCCGACAGAUAGCCAUGUUUCUGUGGGUGACGUUGUACUGGUACUUCCAACAGCCUGAGCCAUCACCCUACGUUUUGACGGAACAAUCUAAGCAUGUUCCUCCAGAAGCAAGACCUAGGGGCGAAUGGCGCGUCAGAAUCAAACGCGAUGGCGUCCUACGCACUCGGAACAUGAUACCAAAAUUAGAGAGAAUGGGUUUGAUAUCAAGCCUAGACUCAACCGUUGGAGAGAGCUCCGACGAAAAUAGUCAUGCAUGGGAUAUGAUGUUCAUGACUAGACGAGCAUUCUGGCAGAUCCCUAGUGGCCUAUUUCUUUUUACUCUGCAGCCGUUGAAGCACAGCUCAUCGUAUCCCGGAUCGCCUAAUACCAGCCGCCCUACUUCCCCAGUUAGAAGCGAUGCAGGCCAGCUAGCGACGUUGUCCAACCAACAAACUGCUGAGCCGCCAUCUUCCCCCAUCGGGCCUUAUUACUCACCCUCUCACCUCCCAACCUACUAUCCUCCUGCGCCAUUGCAGUACAUAAUAACGAAUAAUGUCCGGCAUCCUCUGAGACAGAAGCCACCACACAUGGGUGAGAUCUUCUAUACCCGCUUCGUGCCUAGUGUAGGAAAGUAUCUGUCAUUUCGCGUGGCAUCCCUCUCGCCAAAGCCCGUCAUAUACCUUGGACCUAUGGGACCUGGCGAGAGGGAGAAUACGUACUUAAAUACCGUAUCCGACACCACCCUCCUUCAGAUGUGGUUUUCCAAACCCAGAGUCCAGAAGUUUUGGGGAGAUUACCAAGACAAUUUCCUCUCAAGUGCCCUCCAGUCGCGUCACUCAUUUCCGGCCAUCGGGAUGUGGGACGGCGUACCCUUUGGAUAUUUUGAGAUCUAUUGGGUCAAGGAAGAUACUCUAGGACGUUAUAUGGGCAACCACGCGCAGGACUUUGAUAGAGGCAUUCACGUGUUGAUUGGCGAGGAAUGGGCGAGAGGAAAAGUUCAGCAGUGGCUCUCAAGCAUCGUUCACUGGUGCUUCCAGGCAGACUAUCGUACAAUGAAUGUCUGCCUGGAACCGAGGGUUGACAACACGAGAUUUAUUCAGCACCUCCAGGCCGGAGGUUUCGCGAAAGAAAGGGAAAUAUCUUUCCCGCAUAAACGAGCGUGGCUCUGCCGACUCGGUAGAGACGCGUGGGAUGGUCCCUCCAUGUGA